AUGUACACCCGCAGCCUGCCCGCAUGCAUUGGCUCUUCCCCACGGCGCGCUGCUGCUCGGCGCGGCUUCACAGAUCUUUGCGAGCGGCGGGCUGUGAAGUUCGAGAUCUACCACGGCGGGGCCGCCCACCCACUCUUCGGUGACGAGGCUCGGGAGAGGGUAAAGUCUCAGCGCGAUGCGCGCCUCUCCUUCGAGGAGACACGCCCUAGCACGGCCAUACUGGCACUCAGAUACCCUGGCUUGCGGACGGAUCGGCUGGAUGAUGUUCAUCAGAUCUAUGCGUCCAAAGUGCGCGAGGGUGGAUCCGUCGCAAUUGUCCAGGAUGACGAAGGCGUCUUCGUCCGGACCAAACUUCUGCAAAAGAAUGGGGCGACCUCCUUGGUGCAAGGGUGGUGCCGACAAGGCCAGGAAGCCGUCCGGACGGUCCCGGAGGAGGCCAUCUUCGGCGGUUGGCCGGCCCUCUCCUUGCUCCUCUCACACCCCAUGAAGAAGCUCAGGAAGGAGAUCGAGUUCAUAUG